AUGAAGCAGUCCGAGUUAAUUUCAGAUUAUUGUACAAGGGUGAAAACUAUUGUGAACCAAAUGAAGAGAUUCAGAGAAAAGAUAGAAGAUGUCCGUGUGAUUGAGAGGAUUCUCCGGUCAUUAAUUCCCAAAUUUGAUUAUGUGGUGUGUGCCAUUGAAGAGUCAAAAGAUCUAGACUCAAUGACCAUUGGAGAAUUAGAGGGCUCCCUACAAGCUCAUGAAGAUAAGAUCAAACGAAGAAUUGAAGAGCCUUUGGAGCAAGUUCUAAAAGCCAAAGCAUCUUUGAAGCAUGACGAAGAAAAGAGCCAAAGAGGACGUGGCAGAGGAAGAGGACACGGUCGUGGUCGAGGGGGACGAGGAUAUGGUGACAACAAAAUUAAUGAGGAGAAAAGCUACCAGUCAUUUAGAGGUCGUGGAAGAGCAAGAGGAAGAGGAUGUGGUUACUAUCGUAACACGAAUGAAAGGAGGUAUGAUAAAUCUAAAAUUGAGUGUUACAACUGUCAUAAACUUGGCCAUUUUGCUUGGGAAUGUUAUGAUGCAGCAAAUGUAGAAGAGAAAGCUAAUCUUUUUGAAGACAAGCAACAAACUGGCGAGUUAGCUUUGUUGUUGGCACUCAUGGAGGAAGAUAGCGAUGCUUAUAGUUUGUGGUAUUUGGAUAAUGGAGCAAGCAAUCACAUGUGGCUAUAA